CUCAUUUGCAAAGACUUCAUAGGAGUUGGCGCGGGUGCAACAAGAAUUUCUCAUGUGAACAGACUGCUGAAUUUAUUUAGUUCUUCCGCUCUUUUGUUUUUGUUAAAAGAUAGCAACACUGAUGUUAACUUCCAAUCAGUUUGAUUAGAUUACUUUGAACUGACAGCUCUAUCGCUCCUCCCACAACCACAGUCCUGACUGGGGAGUGGUACCAAGUGUGUUUAAGUACGUAUUUCUUUCGCCUGGUGUAUAACAGUACAGACUGAGAGCCCUGGCGCCCCCCUGGUCCUCGCCGUCGCGUGAUGGCGGCCCCGAAGAGACGCCCCGCAGACCACUCGCCGUCGGCCCUCCUCAGCAAGGAAGCCAACGACAGGAUCUUCUCCCUCGUGGGUCUCAAGUGCCAGGUCUUAUCCUCGGGGGUCGCUGACGUGCUGACGGCGGAGGGCGAGGAUGUCCCAGCUGACGACAAGGAGUGGCAGCGUCUCAAUCCAGGGGUGUUGGUCGCGCUCACCAAGGACUACGUGCGCAAAUCUUAUUUUAUACAGAUAUACAGUUUUGUGGAAUGGCAAAGGCUUUCAGAGUACGUGCUCACGCGGGGCUCGCACUACCGCGCUCCCUCCACCCUGUUCCACCAUUUUCAAAACGAGAGCCUCAAGAUAGGGCUAAAGUUCGGCAGCGAAGUCGACGCCGUCAACUUCAACACGGCGGUGCAGACGGUGCAGGCCGGGAAGCGCGCGAGACCUGAGGGGCGCCCUAAGCCCCCGAGCGUCCCUCCUCCACCGCGCCCUCCUCCUAGUCCGAGUGCCGUCCCGCCGCAGAAGGAGGAAGGAGAGGCACUCGUGAAGAAGGAAAGAGAUAAGGAGGAGAAGUCAGGAGUGAGAGGGGCGUCUCCAUCUAUUCUCCCGGCACUGGGGGAGAAGGCUUCCUCAGCGAAGAAAAAACCCGUCGCCAAAAGGAUUUCAAAGGAGAUGAUCGGGAAGCCGACUAACUUCCAGCACCUCUGCCACGUGGGCUUCAACCCCGAGGCGGGAAUCGUCUCGGAUGAAGCUAAUCAGAAAGAGCUGCAGGCACACUUCGCGUCGAAAGGAGACACGCCCAUUCGCCCCGCGCCUCUUCCUCCCCCUCCUCCGCCGCCCUCGACAAGGAUGCUCAAAUCACCAAAGACCAAAGACCUUCCCCUCGAUCCUUCCCCCUCAUGCGACGUCGACGACUCGGUUGACGCGGACGACGACGACUUGAACCGCAACGUUUCGCUCAUUUCCUUCUCUUCCCAAGAUGCCCUUGACGGGUCUGCUGACAGCGUCGAAGCGCCCUCGGCCAUUUUGAACUCAACCUCGGACUCAGGCUUCACCAACAAUACCCACAGUGAUGAUGGUCCUGCUUCUGUCGACACGAGUCUUCUGGAGAUUGACCUUAUAGCGCUUGAAAGUCCAGCGCCGUCCCCGUCUGUGUUCCUCUUUCCUGACGCCGACGACCAAGCGCGCGACGAAGCACCGGCGCCGCCCGAAGCAGAGCCAGCACUCGACUCCCCAGCAAGAGAACCAGAAGAGCCGACGAGUCCCUCCAAACCCGAGGAAGAGCCCUUCGACUCGUCACUCCCGGACGCGUCGCCGUCUCCACGAGCAGACGAAUCCAGAUCUUCGCACGAUGAGCUCGACGAAUCCACGACGGACGACGACAUCAUCGAUAUCCUGACGCCGCCGACGCCGCCUCCCCCGCGCCGAAGGACGAUCCGCCCCCAGGAUGUUGACAGACCCCCGGAGCACCCCCCUCCCCCUCCUCCUCACCCCCCGUCCACGCAGUAAUAACUCCCAUUAUUUAGACCUAUUUAUGACUAUGGUUGAAAAAAAAAAAAUCCAAAGAACAUGACAAAUAACUCUAUAGCGAUGAUAUUCUUGCAGAUUAAAACUGAAGAGUAAAA